AUGGAGCUGCAAGCAUUGCUAGUACUCUGUGGUCUGGGUGUGGCAGGAGUAGCCGUGAUUUUGCUUAUGGGUCUAUUCUCUGCAUCUGGGACUACCUAUGAAGAAGCAAUUGCCCAGCAAAGAAAAGCAACCACAGAACUCUUAGCCUUAGCUGACAACAAAGGCAAGGCAAAGAAAACAAGCAAAAAAGCUAAUAAAAAGCUUGCAAAAAAAGAGAAGAAAGAAAAUGCUACGUCGGCAACAGGAAGUGAGCCAGAGAGUGAGGCACCAGCUGAAAGUGGGGUUGAUGAAGAUUCUACUCCAGCACUGAAGCCACAUGUUGAAUUUUCCCCUCCUGUUGUUGUUGAUGUUCCUACUGAUACUCCCCCAAAUAUCAAGAUCCGCAAACGCGGCAAGGAUCCUAAAGUAAAGCCGAUACUUGUUAACAAAGAGGAUCCGAGUUGCGUUAGCGAUACCAGCACGCUGCCAACGCCCCCUGGCGGUGCUGCCUCCAACCACUUUGAGCAGUUACUACCGAAGGACGAGUUCGAGUUGUUGCACUCGACAUUCGUCGAAAAAGCAUUGGAGAAGAGAGAAGACGCGACUGAGAAGAGAGACAAGGCAGCCAAGCCCGCUAAGAACGCGAAAGCCGCCAUCAAGCCGACAGCUACGCCGGAGCCGGUGAAAGAGGAGGUUCUCCAAGAGCGUCCAAGCGCCGGCGAUGCACCCAAGGAACAAAGAAAAGUGAAGAAAGCGGAGAAGAGGGGCGGCGGCGACGAGGCUGCCGCGGCCGAGGAACCCGUGCAGCCGCUGAACUCGCCGCAGCCCAGCGAGCUCACCACCGACAAGCUGCUGAAGCAGGCCCUCGCCCCGGCGGCGGCCGCGCCGGCGCCCUCGCCCCCCGGCGGCAAGGGCAGGAAGAAGAAGCCCGAGCCGAACGUGCUCUCGCUAAUGGCCGGCGACAGUGGCGGGGUGGCCGUCAGCGAGCUGGUGCGGGUCGUCAGGGAGGCGGCCUUGUCCCGGACUGAGAUACAGAUACUGACCGAAGCCCUACUCAACAAACACCACGACCCGUUGCCCGAACACUCUGAGUGGACCGAGGGUCCCAAUGAUCCGAUGCAGAAAAUGAAGAAGCAGCUAGCGGAGAAGGAAAAGGCGCUUGCCGAUGAGGUUGAAGCGUCCCAAGCAUUGCAUGCCAAAUUGAAGGAGCUACGGGCGACGCUGAACGCGGAGCGCGGCAGGGCUGCGGCGGCGAGCCGGGCGGCCGAGCAGGCGGCGGGGGCGGCGCGCGCCGAGCUGCACACGCUGCAGGCGCGCCUGCAGCGGGUCCUCGACGACAACCACGCCCUCGCCCAGGACAAGCUGCACCUCCAAUCAAAACUCGGUGCAGAGGGAGAAGCUCAAGCCCAGCGAGUUCAAAUGGAAAUGCAUAUUCAGAGACUGUCAGAAUCGGAGGCGGCGCUCCUGCAGCAGCUGACGGCACUGCAGGCCGAGAUGAACACGCUCGCGCGGGAGACGGCGCAGGCGCGGUGCGACGCGGCCGCAGCACGCGACUCCAUGAUGAUGGCGCAGCGACACGCGGAGGAGCUCGCGCAACAACUGCAGGAGGCCAAUCGUGUAUAUGCCGAGCUUGAGCAACAGAGGCAGAGAGCAGUGCAUGCUGAGAAGCUAGCUCAGCAAGAAUUACGAGAGCUGCAAGAAAGGCUCGCUGGUAUUACCGAACUUCAGAAUGAAGUUCAGCGUUUGACCACUCGCGCCCAGACGGCCGAGAGCAAUGUGGACAAAUUAAGAGAAGAAGCUGAGAAAGCAAAAGGAGACGCCAAUAAAUUGAGAACAGAUACGGAGAAGUUGAAACAGGAAGUGGAGAAGAUCAGAGAAGAAUCAGAGCAACAAAAAUCACAAUCAUCAAACGCCCUGGCUGCAUUAAAAGAGCAGUUGAUAUCGCGAGAAACGGAGUUGGCGGAAUUAAAACAAAUGGCGGCCGUUCCCGCGCAAAACGGACUGCCUCCAUCCGCCAACGACGAUCAGAAACGGGCCAGCGAACUCGCGAAGGUGGAAAGCGUAGUGGAAGCGUUGAGGGGUGAAUUGGCGGCAGCUCUUAUCGGCAGCUCGGAGCAGAAAGAACAGAUUGCCACACUCAGAGACCAGCUGCACCACUACCAGGAGAAGAACAAUGAGUUGCGAACUAAAAACUGGAAAGUUAUGGAGGCGUUACAAUCGGCCGAAAAGGCCCUACAGGCGAAAUCCACCAGCGCGUUGCCGGCCCAAGAUUCCCUGCCUGAGGCGAUAGCGAGGGCGCGGGAGUCGCAGUACGUGGAAGUGGCCGGCGUGCUCCGCUCGGCGUGUCCCGCAGUGGCGCCCAGCUCGGGCGCCGGCCGCGCCUGGCUGGAGGCCUUCGCCGACAACCUGAGGAGCGAGUUCGCCAAGAUGGAGGCCCAGAAGCACGCGCUGGAGAGGAAGCAACGCGAACUGGAGGAGGCGAGGCUGGUGCAGGCCGCGCCCUCCGUCGCCGACCCGCGUCUCAGCGAACUGGCAGCGCAGAACGAGCAGCUGCAGAGCCUGCUCGACAAGUACAAGAGGGUCAUCGACGACACGGAGGGUGCAUUGAGUCGUCUGCAACAAAAUGUUGCAGUGGAAGAGCAGAGGUGGGCAAAGCAGUUGGCUGAGAAGCAACGCGAACUUGACGAACUGCAACAAAGGACGGUAUCACAGAUGCAAAAGAGGAUCGACACCUUAGAAGUUGAAUUACAGAAAGCACAAACGACAAACCACAGUAACAGUUUUGCUGACGCAGAAAGAUUAACAGAGGAAAAACUGAUGGGAUCCCUGACUGAAAAACACGAUUUGCGCAAUGGACCCUUGCAGGUAACUCUUGAAGAAAAA